AUGAUUGCGAAAAUUCUUGUUACCCGAUUUCUCCGUGAAAAUCCAGAUGGAGACACAGAAUAUGCGGAGAGAAAUGGGCAAAUCCUGGUUCCACGAGUGCUAGAACAUCUGGAGGCGAACAAGACUAUGAACAGCAUUACCGAUACCGAUGUUAUAUCAGAGCUCAAUUUCCACCAACUUCAGCAACCUCUCCGACUGUCCAGGAAACUUGAUAACCCCCCUGGUUUUGUUGUUGAUUCGCAGAUGACAGAGCUCCCAGUCGGCUGCAUUGGAAUCGAAGUACACUCGUUUGGUCUGAAUAAAUGGGAUUUUCAACCAGACUAUCUUGAUUGGGAAACAGACGACACACUCGGGCUGGAGUGUAGUGGUAUAGUAUACAAAGUCGGCGCCGGCGUCCACGGCAUCACCGUGGGCGACCGAGUUGCAUGUCUCGGAGCUGGGACUGCGAGAAGCUUUUAUCACGAUCGGGCGUCGGCUUUUCAGAGAAUCGAUGACGAAAUGACACUACAGAUGGCUUCAGCUUUGCCUCUAGCAUAUACCAUUGCGUAUUAUGUUGUGAACCACCUGUCGAUAGUUGAGUCGAAUGAUGCCAUUCUCGUCCAUGAUGCCGGAAGCCAUUUCGGCCAAGCACUUCUAGAAGUGUACCUAUUGAAAGACGCUCGAAUCUUUGCGACGGUCCAAAACCCCAGCGAGAAGGGCUUGCUGAGCUCGAAAUUUGGAAUUCCCGAGGGGCAUGUCUUCAUCAGCGGGAAGGAUGAUAUAGCCAAGGAGAUUUUGCGUUUGACUGAUGGCAAGAAAGCAAACAUCGUAGUCACAUUCGAGACCGCAGAUGACAAAGUUCUCCAGAGCUGCACUGCAAAAUUUGGGCGGUUCAUUCAACUUCGAACAAGCAAACUCAAGUCUCGACUGCUAUCAUGUCCUCCGAACACGUCCUUGUCUACAGUGAAUAUCUUUGAGCUCCAAAAGGAGCGGAUGGACCUUGCGAACCGGAUAUGGCCAAAGGUCUUUCGCUACUUCGUCGAAGGAAGACUCAAAGGGCCUGGCUUUAUUGAUGCACAUCAUGUUUCACAUAUUCAAGACGCAAUAAUGGCGGCUCAAAGCCGGCAGCAUGUUGUGGUUCAUGUGGAAGAGAAUGAUCUUGUGAAGGCUACACUCCCCAAGUCCACGCCGCCAUUGUUCCAUGCAAAUGCGUCAUACAUGCUGGUUGGUGGGCUUGGUGGAAUUGGGAGGGUGGUUGCCUUGUGGAUGGCGGAGAAUGGAGCAAAGAGCCUAAUUUUCGUUAAUCGAAGCGGCCUCUCAAAGUACCAGGCUCAAAUGACAGUGAGAAAUCUGGUCGAAAAAGGUGUACAGAUAACCACCCGCGCUUGUGAUAUAUCCGACGAGACUGAAGUACAGCAAAUGAUUCAUGAUCUGUCUUACUGCGCACCUCCAAUACGGGGGCUGAUACAGGCAGCCAUGGUUCUUAAGGACGUUCACAUUGAAAACAUGAGAUUGGACGAGUAUCGGGAUGUUACGGGCCCGAAGUAUUAUGGCACAUGGAAUUUGCACAGACAUCUUCCUACGGAUCUUGACUUCUUUCUGAUGUUGUCGUCUAUUAGCGGCGUCAUUGGGAAUGCCACACAGGCUGCAUAUGCCGCUGGCAGCACUUUCAUGGACGCAUUCGCCGCUUAUCGAAGAAGUUUAGGCCUUUCAGCAGCAUCUUUGGACCUCGGAACGAUCACAGAUGUUGGUCAUUUGGCUGAAAACCAGGAUCUUGCGGUCAAGAUGGAACGACAGGGAUUCCAGGGUACUGAUGUAAUAACUCUUUUAUCCCUGAUUCAAGUUGCAAUCUCCCAGUCGACGAGCGGAGGAGCACAAUUUGUGACUGGUCUUGGUCGAUGGAAAGAAACGGUGUCACUUGGGAACUUUAAUGCGCCUUUGUUUUCCCAUUUCCGAUUCAAAUUCCAGGGUUAUGCCGGAUCAACUGCACUCGGCGACUCGAUGGAAGGAUUGAAGAUUGAAAUCGGUGGUGCAAAGACGGUGGAUCAAGCCGCCGUUGUCAUCUGCAACGCUUUGAGCAGGAAAAUUGCCUCCCAUCUCUCCGUCUCAGUUGAAAAUAUCAAUCCUUCUAAUCCAGUCUCCGAGUAUGGAGUUGACUCCCAUGUGGCAGUGGAGUUGCGCAACUGGAUAUCACGAUCCAUGGAUUGCACUAUUCCCAUUUUGGAAAUCCUCGCAAUGUCUAUGUUGGAAUUAUCUCAUCGGAUUGCGAGCAAGCGAUUUGAGGGAAAGUCGGAGUGA